GGCAACCACGGUGUUGCGAAACGGGCCGCAAGUUGCCCAAGGUCGUUUUUCUCUGUUCACCGAAUUUCCACGUGUGUCUCGUGGUGUAUCUUCGUGCAAGGUAGUUAUGCAAACUUUUCAAAGGUGACAACAUCAGCGACGUUAUUGCCGCCAAACAACUGCCGAUAUGGGUCGCCGAAAUGCUGCAAAGAACAAGAGCGACGCUCGCAAACGGCGCGAGAAAUCGAAACUGCUUUCCGACAAUGGCCUUUUUGACAUAGAAAAUAGACAAACGAAGGAGAAAAAGCCAAAGAAGAGCAAGAAACAAGCAGUAUCAGAGGAAACCUCCCGCUACCUUCCAUUUCGGGAGACCAAUUUACUACAUUACCUUGACAGCUUCGCGCGCGGAGUCUGUCACUGCGCUAAAUUUCGUCAAAGGUGUGUGGGCAUGAUUGGUGAAGAAGUAUCCGGCUGGGAUUUGUCUCCACUGCGGAAGGGUCUAGUUCAACAAGCGCGCAUCACGUGCCUGUGUUGGCACCCUCAAAAACCUCACCUGCUGGCGGUCGGUUCCAAGGCGGGAGAGAUCCUUCUUUACAACUCGGCUUCUCCCGAUGCCAGCGUUAAUACACCUCCUUUAGGCUCUGGAGCUUCUAUAGCGGCCAUGAAGUUCCACUGGGAAAACCCUGGCCAGAUGUACUCAGCCAACCUUUUGGGCACUGUUAUGCUGCACCACCUUGAUGGACACAACCCAGAUGUAUACUGGGAUACAAAUAGUGUAGAGGUUUGGUUCACAGCUCUGGAUAUAUGUCCGAGAAGGACUAUGGUACUGGCCGGUGAUAACGUGGGCAAGGUUUAUGCCUUUUCUGCUGAUGGCCAGAGGCUGUGGAGUAUUCCACGUCGUCUUCACAAGGGCAAAGUGAAGCACGUGGAGUUCAGCCUGAGGGACCCAAACCUGUUGGUCACGGCAUCCGUGGACCACACCGUCAAGCUGUGGGAUGUCCGCCGGCUGAGCUGCCCCACGGAUGCCUUGCACACGCUGCAUCACCACAAGGGUCUCAAUUCAGCGUACUUCAGCCCAUCCGACGGAUGCUCUCUCCUGGUGACGGAUCAACACAGUGAGUUGCGUGUGUACAGGGGACCAACCUGGAAAGAUGUCACUACCAUUCCUCAUCCGCACAGACAGUUCCAGCAUCUAACUGCAAUUCAGGCAAGUUGGUACCCACUGGAAGACGUCGUCGUCGUCGGCCGUUACCCCGAAGAGAAAUUUUUGAAAAACGAUGUCAGGGGCAUCGACCUCUACUGCGGCCACACUGGGAAGUUGCUACACAAGAUCAAGGCAUCCCUCUCAGUCAAAGGAAUAUUCUCACUCAACUCUUUCAACUGCACGGGAGACAAACUUGCAUCAUGUACUGGUCAGGGCGUGGUGCUGUUCCAUCCCUCAAAAGAAGGAUAAUCAGCAGGAUGUGAUUUGGAAACCUUGCACAUACUUAGUGGGAACUACCUCAUGGACUUUGCAGGUUUUGCUUUCAAAGUUGACAUUGUACAGGAAUCAACAAUGACAGGAAUUCAUACUAUGUAUACCACUUUUUCUCUGCAACCAUCAAAACUGCCCACAUGUUUCACGUGGCUUUACUUGUGAGGAGCUGUAAUGGCCUCACCAGAAGCGUGCGACCUUCCACAGUACCACAUCGUCAAACCUGCACGGAAAUUUUCGGCGACCAGCAGGAUUGUGUCAACUCUUUGUACAUUAUUAUUUGUUCGAUGCUUGCUCUGUUUUAUAUUAUUUUAUGAAAGCUAAUUUACGUUUUACUUUUUACUGUCAAAUUAUGACGUUUGCCCCAGUGAAUAUCAAGAAAGAAAAACAAAAGUUCACGAAUUGUGAUAAUAUAUCUCUGUUUUUGGAAUUUGUCCAAUUUUUAAUAAAACAGUUAGCAUAUUUUUAUAUGUCA